AUGUCGAACAAGAUUAAAGAAAAAAAAAAGUUGAAAAAAAAAAAAGGAAAAAACGAUCCAGAGCAGAAGAAAUUACAAAAAUAUAUGAACGAGCUUUGGGGAUUUUCAUCCUCCGAAAAUGAAGAAGAAAAAAAAUAUGAAAAUGAAAACAAGGAUGGUAAUAAAUAUGAUACCGAACGUAAAAGUAAAAAUAUAAAAAAUAAUGAUAAUCUAAUAAAUAUAAAUAAUAAUAAUAAUAAUAAUAAAAUGGAAUGUAUAUUAAAUGAAAACCAUAAAAAAAAGGAUUAUCCUGCUGAUAAAGAUCUUAAUAUAUUAGUUAACCAUAAGAAGAAAAAAAAUAACAAUAAUAAUAAUAUUAAUAGUACAAAUAAUGAUAAUAAUUUAUCCUUAGGAAUUGGAAAUAACAAAAAGAUUCAAGAGAAUCAUAAAAAAAAAAAUAAUAAUCAUAAUAAUAAUCAUAAUAAUAAUAAUCAUAAUAAUAAUCAUAAUAAUAAUAAUCAUAAUAAUAAUCAUAAUAAUAAUAACAAAAAUACAUUAUUUACAAAAAACUCGACAAUGAAAAAUGAUUUGAACGAUAAAAAUUUAUAUAAAGAAAAGUUAAAAGAAAAAAAGAUUUUUAUGGACACAGUUCAUGAAAUAAGAAAAAUGACAUUACCAUAUCUUGAUAAAUUUCAAAGAAAAAAUGUUCAGAAUUUUCAAAUAAAAACACUUGGAGGGAAAUUUGAUAAAAGUUCAAAAGUACAUUAUACAGAACUUAUGUCUAGAAAAAAAUCCAUAAAAAAAUAUAUUCAGAAAAGAAAAGAAAAAGAUAAAAUUUUAGGAGUACAAACACAAACAGGAAAUUAUAUUGAUAUGCAGGAUGUUUUUAGAAAAAACAAGAAAAAAUAUAAAUCAAAAAAAAAGGAAAAACUCUUUUAA